AUGAUCUCAGAAAACGGAUAUAUGGACCUGAUGCGGAACUGCAUCAAAUGGAACAGUCGACAAAUGGAGGAUCGCAAAAAGCGAUUGCGUUUCCCAUACUACGAGCAUCAGACUGCAACUGCGCAACGUGAGUCUCGAUUCACUACUCGAACUGCUGAUCAUAUGUACGCUUCAAACGAUCCGAACACUGUCAUGCAGUUUUCAACGGAACGAUGGAAGAAAAGCAAAUCCCAUCAGCCAUCUGAUGCAGUGGAAAUGAGCAUGUUUCUCAGAGAAAAUCCUUCGAUUCAAGUUGCGAUUGACCAUAUGACUCCACAAGUCUCUAACACAAUCGAAAGUAUUUCUGACAAUUCGAACGACUCGACAAGCACUAGACCAAUUCGUCAAACCCAAAUCAAGGAGGAGUAUCGUGAAGACUAUGUUCUCGAUGAUGAACUAUCCCCAGAUGAGAUGGGGUCUGAUGAAGAUGAUUGGUCUACUCGUGGAAAACGUCGCAAGGGCAAUAUGAACACCACUCAAAAAGGAUCGUCGACGCGGAAAAAGGUACCCACAACUCGUUCAUCAGCCUCUCGAUCAACCCCAUCACGCGCUUCUAUGAAAGAAGUGAAGUACGAAGAACCGGAAGAAAAGAUGCAUCAGUGUGACAAAUGCAACGCGAAAUACAAGAGCCUCGCGGGUUUAAGCUACCAUCAGGCCUAUUGGCACGAUAAAAAAUCAAAUCAACUAUUGGAAAAACUAUUGUCUCCGAGUGUCGAAAUAUCCUCUAACUGUGAUUUCUGCAACGGUACCAAUUUCAUGAACAAGAAUACUAGAUUGCCAGAAGAACUUGUUAGUUGUCAUGAUUGUGGUCGAUCUGGUCAUCCUUCCUGUCUCAGCUUUAAUGAAAAUGUCACCAAAAUUAUCAAAAGAAGCGGGUGGCAAUGUCUUGAGUGCAAGAGUUGUACCAUUUGUGGCACUAGUGAAAACGAUGAUAAACUACUGUUCUGUGACGACUGUGAUCGAGGUUAUCAUCUUUAUUGUCUUCGCCCGGCAUUGGAAAAAGCUCCCGAUGACGAGUAUUCAUGUCGUUUGUGCCAAAUCGAGUUCGGCGAUAAAGCAAGCGCCCCGGCGAAGAAAUAA